ACAGCACUGUAUGGGAGACGGUCUGUGAGAGGGACAGCACUAAACACAUUGUCAGACACUGUAUUUACUGAGAGAAACCGUAACUUCUGUCACAUGUAACAACAGACAGCUUCGGGGAUUCAGGAAUCAAGCAAAGUAACUGUUUUACAUCAAACAAGCUUCAAGCAUGUGGGGAUAACGCUCUGCACCCCACAAACUGGAUCUGGGGCCAACUUGAUCUCUCUGAGUAUUGGCUGCAUCUCUGGACUACUUAACAUUGAAUUCAGGCUAGCAAACUACAGACUGGAAUAGCAAGUUACCUGGACUACCUUAUCUCAAGUCUUGGCUAGCAAACUCUAGGGAUCACUCAACCAUAAACACCUUGCCUGGACUGACAGACUCAAACCUGGAUUAAUUCACUCACCCUGGGCUACAAGUCUCCUCACACACUCCAAUCCUGCCAAGUGACACAAGUGACUGGGAGGUCUGCGGACAGCAGCCGGUGACAUUGCUGGACUGUCGUUUAACUACAAGAUCUUCGUCCUGAAAUUUCUUCUGACCAUACUGAGGAAUAUUUGCUGAAAAUGGAAGGCGAGAACUUGAGCUGCGCUAAAUAUCUCAUGUUCAUCUUCAAUUUCUUUAUAUUUCUUGGUGGCACCUUCCUGCUUGGGCUUGGGGUUUGGGUCAUCGUUGACCAAACAGGUUUCCGGGAGAUAAUUGCCACGAACCCCCUGCUCUUUAUGGCUACAUAUCUCAUCCUUGCCAUGGGCGCCAUGUUGUUUCUGCUUGGAUUCCUGGGCUGCUACGGGGCAAUUCGUGAAAGCAAGUGCCUUCUGUUGUUUUUCUUCAUGUUCAUCCUUGUGAUAUUUCUGGCCGAACUUUCAGCUGCCAUCCUUGCGUUCCUGUUUCGAGAGAAUUUGACAAGAGAUUUCUUUACCAAGGAUAUAAAGAGGCAUUACCAUGGGAGUAACAGUACCGAGGUCUUUUCGUCCACCUGGAAUUCUGUGAUGACCACAUUUGAAUGCUGCGGGGUAAACGGACCUGAGGAUUUUGAAGAAGGUCUAAGGUUCAAGAUAAAACCACACCACAGAGUGCCAGAGGCUUGCUGCAGACGGGAGACUCCAUCGAGUGAUGGCGAGUUCGUUAACAAGGUGGCAUGCUUGACGGGCAACGAGAUGUUUCAGAACAGACAGGGCUGCUACUCUGUAAUAUUGACCGCGCUGGAGCCAUAUGUAUACAUUGCCGGGGCUUUGGCCAUUGGCGUUUUGGCUAUUGAGCUCUUUGCCAUGGUGUUUGCGAUGUGUCUGUUCAGAGGCAUACAAUAAGAUUUGUGGAUACAUUACAUGCCUAUCUUGGGGGAUUUCAAAAAUGUAUUCUCUAUGAAAAAAAGCAAGAAAACAAAAACUAAAAAAAAUCAGAAACAAGGAACUGUCUACACAAACUCCUGGCCAGCCCAACACAGCUGGCAAUGUCUUAUCCGACUCUUCUGAUUGUGACCACAAUGCUUUGUACUGAAACACACAGUCUAAAAAGAGGACCCAACACUUUGUAGCUAUAUUCCGGUGGAUGAGAGGAAAUAUUGAACCAAUGUAUCAGCCCAAUUCAGAGAAUACUGCAAUGCCAUCAUUAGAUUGUCUUCAUUACAGGCACAGAUGGUUUGGAUCAAAGGUGAACAUAUUAGCUUGCCACAAGCUAUCUAGAGAAAAUAUUUCUCAUAAAUAUA